CUGAAAUGACGUUUAAGCAGAAGGUUGCUCAGCUUGACCUCGCUAGUAACAUGUUGCUUCUCCCAGCGCUCACAAGCCUCUUUCUUGCUCUUUCAUGGGCUGGCACUAUGUACCCGUGGAGUAGCGGCCAGGUGAUUGGACCUCUCCUCACAUUUGCUGUUCUCCUUGGUGUAUUUGUUUUGAAUCAGGUCCGUCGAGGCGAAACCGCUGCACUUCCGCCUCGCAUUAUGAAGCACCGUUGCGUGAUUGCGGGUUUCAUCUUCAUAUUCUGUGUCAACAGCACAGGCGUUGUACUAGAAUACUAUCUACCAACCUACUACCAGCUCGUUCGUGGCUACACGCCUGUCAAGAGCGGCUACAUGAUGUUACCUAUCAUCAUCGCAGCGACAAUCGGUUCACUCAUCCACGGAGCGGGGACCAGUGUAUUUGGUUAUUACACGCCCUUCAUGCUCUUCGCAUCCUUUAUCAUGCCAGUUGCGGCAGGGCUUAUCACCACGUUUAAUAUUGAUACCAGUUUCGAGAAACUCAUUGCUUAUACGGCACUUUCAGGCUUGUCUUACGGCAUUGGGUUCAUUGGACCUCAAACAGCUGUACAGACAGUUCUCCCAGCUGACGACGUCCCACUUGGUUUGUCCAUCAUUCUAUUCGCUCAAUCUUUUGGCCCGGCUGUGUCUGUUCCCAUUGCACAGGUACUCUUCACCAACCGGCUUUCUGACAACCUUAACGGCGUCAUACCGGGUCUGAAUGGAACGAACAUCAGCAACAGCGGCCUUAGCGAAAUGGUUAGCAAUGUGUCAGAAUCUGCGAUAAGAGAUGUACUAGUUGCAAUUGACAAAAGUCUCGGGCAGACAUGGUAUCUUGUAGCUGGGCUGGCUUCGGUCGCGAUAGUUGGAAGCCUGAUGACGGAAUGGAGAUCAGUCAAGGAGAAACGCGAAUGAAAUGGUAUCCACGUCUACUGGCUACUCCUCGGCAUUAUAGUCUUGUGUACAGGCAGGACUGGCCGGUACAUAUUGACCCUCCCAUGAACAGCUGUUAUUUGAGAGAACUGUCGUUAUGAAAGGUCGGAGCGAGCGGGAACAGAUUAGGAUGGUAAGCUGGACAAUUUUAGCAAAUUGUUUGCUGCCUUUGACCAGACCCUGGC